AUGGGACCUGGGAAUGAUACACGAAUUUCAGAAUUUCUUCUUCGGGGAUUUUCAGAGACACCAGAACUGCAGUCCUUCAUAUUCUGGCUGUUCCUCUCCAUGUACCUGAUCACGGUGUUUGGAAACCUGCUCAUCAUCCUGGCCAUCAUCUCAGACUCCCACCUGCACACGCCCAUGUACUUCUUCCUCUCCAACCUGUCCUUUGUGGACAUCUGUUUCACCUCCACCACCGUCCCAAAGAUGCUGCUGAAUAUACAGACACAGAGCAAAGCCAUAACCUAUGCGGGCUGCAUCACCCAGAUGUACUUUUUCUGUUUUUUUGCAGUGUUGGAUGAGUUUCUCCUGGCAGUGAUGGCAUAUGACCAGUUUGUGGCCAUCUGUCACCCACUGCACUAUAUGGUCAUCAUGAACUUUCAGCUCUGUGUGUUGCUGGUACUGAUUUGUGACAUUAUCACUGCCACGCAAUCCUUGUUACAUAGCUUAAUGGUGUUGCGGCUGUCCUUCUGCACAGACUUGGAAAUCCCCCACUUUUUCUGUGAAGUUAAUCAGGUGGUCCACCAAGCCUGCUCUGACACUUUUCUUAAUGAUGUGGUGAUAUAUUUUGCAUCUGUGCUCCUGGGUGGUUUCCCCCUUGCUGGUAUCCUUUACUCUUAUUAUAAGAUAGUUUCCUCCAUAUGUGGAAUCUCAGCAGCUCAGGGGAAGUACAAAGCUUUUUCCACCUGUGCAUCUCACCUCUCGGUAGUCUCAUUAUUCUAUGGUACAAGCCUAGGAGUGUAUCUUAGUUCUGAUGCUACACACAACUCAUACUCAAGUGCUACAGCCUCAGUGAUGUACACUGUGGUCACACCCAUGCUCAACCCUUUCAUCUACAGCCUGAGGAAUAAAGAGAUAAAGAGGGCUCUGAGGAGAUUUCUUGGGAGUGAAACUAGAAAAAGGUCAAUUGUCCGUGACUCAAAACCCCAGAAUCAGAAAUGA